GUUCGCUCCUAGUUUAAACUCUCCCACUAGCGGCCCGAGCCUGGCCGGAACGCAUCACUGCCCGAAUUCGGCGGACCUCUCAAGCGCGAGACUCGGGGAGAAGGGGGCGGGAGGUGGUGGAAGGAGGGAAGAGAGUCCCCACCUGCCAACAACGGAGGCUUUUAUCCCAGCUAUGAUUGCCAUGUAAACCAAAGCCCGCCCACUUUGGUUCGGGCGGUCGCAGGCAGAGUUGCGCCCCGCCCCCGCGCGGCUCGUGCGCGUUGACGCGCGCGUGACGCAGAUGGCAGGCGUGCCGGCGGUGACUUGGGGCCCCUCCCCCAGAAGAUGGCGAGUCCGUGCAGGCGGCAGAAGUGCUCCAUCGAGAGGCGCGGCUUCCGCCACCAGCUCGACUCGUGGCGACACCGGCUGCUGCGCUGUGUGGGAUUUGAAAGUAUUCUAGAAGGGCUGUUUGGAGCUGAAUUAUUAAAAGAUCUGAAUUUGCUUAAAGACUUUGAACCUGAAGGUGUCUCUGAUUGGUCUUUUGAUGAAAAUUGUCUUUUCUGCUGUUUGAGAAGAGAAAAAGUGAAGGAACAUUUCGUCAGUCUGGAUGAUCCAGCAUUGGAAGUUGGGCAUCACGCUCUGCUUAAACAAGAGCAAACAAAGAUCACUUGGUUUGAGAGGCAAGCAGAAGAAUUCCUCCAUGAAGUCUUUUAUCGAAAAGGUAGUCCCAGGGUCUCAGACCCUAACAUUCCCUUAGUGGCCCGCGAGAUCAUGCAGCGGAUGAUCCGGCAAUUUGCUGCUGAAUAUACCUCAAAAACUAGCUCUACUCAGGACUCCAGUUCGCCCAAUAGCACAAAGAACCAAAGCCUGCUGAAAGCAUCUCCGGUUGCCUCAUCCACUGCAGGUGCAAGAGCUCAAAAUCCCGUGCUCAGCAAACUUCUCAUGGCUGACCAGGACUCACCCUUGGACCUCACUGUCAGAAAGUCACAGUUGGACCCUAGUGAACAAGACGGAGUACUUGAUCUGUCCACUAAGAAAAGUCCAUGUGCAGGCAACGCCUCCUUGAGCCAUUCACCUGGCUGCUCUGCUACUCCUGGGAAUGGUGAGGAGACAGCGGAGGCAGUAGCAAUAGAUUCUCUUGGCCAGCCGAAAUCUCCACUGGAAAAAAUUAUGGUCAGACUCUGCACAUACCACCAGAAACACUUUGUCCGUGUCCUGAAUGACAUCUGCUCUGAAGUACAAACAGGCUAUGAAGGCCAGCAGUUAUCUGGACCUGAAAACAUGGAUGUGUCUACUUGUAGUUUAGGAUGCAGCCAAUAUCAUAUUGAGAACCAGGAGCAUGGAACUUCUUGCUCUGAGUCAAAAACCCCUAUAUUGCUGGGUACAGAACAAUCAGAGGCCCGUGGCUCUUUGCGAAUACUAUGCCAUAAGCUGAAACAUGCUGUAGAACUGAAAUCUGCAGACAGAAGAGACAAUUGCAGUUCUAUUGUCAGAAGAGAUUUCCCUGAGCUUCCAACUAUUAGAACAACUUCUAUAAGUCCCAGAGACAGUCCCACUCAAGGGUACCUCACUGCCUCCAAUACUCAUCACUCUAUUAAGAAUCUGGAAGGUCAGACCUCUGCUACUGAGCAAGAGACGGGGGCUAGAAAAGGUGAAGAUGACAAAGAUCAGGUGCAAAGUAGAGGUUUACUGGGAGGCUAUGUAGCUGCGAAAGCAACAAAUGUGAACAUUAAUGAGGAGAAUUUAGAGAAUAGGGUAGGUUCUUUGAAGAACCCUUUCAAAGCUUUCCCAGAGGAAACUCGAGAGACGGCUUUCACCACUAGCUCUCCACGGAGAGCAGACAAAGAGAAUGCCUUGCAGUGCAGCUCCAAAGCCUCUAUGCACCAGGAUACGGAAAUCAAUGACCAAGAAACAAGAUCAAAGGUAGAGAAUCACUAUCUGGCUUCAGGGAAAAGCAAGGGAGUCUGCCACAUGCAUCCUGGUGACAAGACUCACGUAGAGAAUGCCAAAGACAUUUGGCUGCCUAUUAAUUCCAUGCCAGCAGUGCACAACAAAACCACCAAUGGGCACUCCCGGGUUAAGAACAUUUCAGCUUCUACUAAAAGUACACGUAAAAGCAAGAAGUCUUCAGGAUUAAGAAUAAAUGACUAUGAUAAUCAAUAUGAUGUUGUCUAUAUUAGCCAACCAAUUACAGAAUGUCACUAUGAGAGCAAAAAGACAGUAUCAGCAAGAAAGACAGCAAGGAAGAGCACUCGUGGAUAUUACUACAACGGUGAAUGUUGUGAGCUUCCUACUAUUCGCACCUUGGCCAAGACUCCGCAUUCACAGGAGAAUGGGAACAUCCUGGCAACAAGGCCUGAGGUGCUAACAAGUCCAAUCCAGGGCAUUUCUCUUCCAAGUGACAGCUAUUUGGCUGCAACUGACCCUGUGGGUAGCAAUGAUGAUCAAAGAUCUUCCACAGUGGCCCCUACUCAAGAAGAUUCCUUCAAUGAAAUAAGAGCUGAGCAAUGCUCUUAUGAAAGCAUCUCUUCUAAGGUCAGUGUCCCGAAGCAGAGGGAAGCUAGUCUUGCUGAAGAAGCUACCGUGCCUGUUUCUCUAUUUCCUUGCCCUGUUUUUCAUUCAGAUAAAGACAGCUUGUUUGUGUCUUCACUCCAGACCAUGACUGUCUCUUUUCCUCGAGAGAAUGAAGGGGUCUUGCAAGACAGUACUGAUGUACUGGAGGCAAAUAGCUCUGGCUCUGAUUCUUAUAACUGUAAUAGAUCUAAAGAAAAUAGUGACAGUAUAGCAGACUCUGUUGUACAUUCUGUCUCAGAAGCUGCUAAUGAUAAAAUGGCUAUCCCAGAACCUCCUAUCUUGGUAGCGCCAGAACCCCAUGCUAGCAUGGAUCUGCUGAUGCCUGAAGUAUCAGCCAAUAGUGUGGACUUGUUGCCUCCACUAGAUGAGCCUGCUUCUGUAAUAGAUGUAUCACCAUCUAUAGAACCCCCACUACUUUCCCCUAUAGACUUGGCCGAACCCUCAGUAGUACCAUCCACUCUUGAUGUUCUGGACCCUUGUAUGACCUUUCCUUCAGAGAUUCCCUAUAUUCCCAACAGUGUCUCACCUGUGCAGCUUGUUGCCAGCCCAAGGAGCAUGUCUCCUGUAAUUGAUCCUACCAGUGGGGUUCCUGAACUUCCUACUGAUAUUGACCGAGAACCUCCAGAGACUCUUUCUGCAGAAUCUUCAGUAGUAGCAACUAUCAAAAUGGAUGUGGAGCUUCCCCAGCUGCUUCCCAAUUUAGAAGCAGCAAAGCUGCCUCUCAGUUUGGAUUGUACUAACACAGACAAAACCACUACUGAAAAUUCCCAGAAUUUGGAAGGACUGCUUGUUGAAUGUAAAAAUGUGCUGCCCAUUGUGGCUGACAAUGAAGAUAAGGGAGAGAAAAAUAUAAAUGACACAAUAAACAUCAGUGAGACCACCAAAUCUGAUGAGGAAAUGGAGGUUAAUAGUAAAACUCCAGUAGAGCCCAAAACAUCAGAAAAGGACAAGAAAGAGACUUCUUCCAAAACAAACAUAGACAAAAAACGAAGGCGAGAGAAAAAAACCCACAUUGUUUCGGAUCGCUGUCUUCGAAGCCAGCAGUCCCUGGUGCCUACAGAAGACAGUUCUGAACAACCCUGUUCUUCCAAUUCUCUUCAGCGUCCUCAGCUACAGAUAAAGCUUUCUAAAAGUCCUGGUGCUAAGCGUUUUAAGAGAGAGGUACAACUUGAUGGGGCAACAUCUGUGUGCCUUCCUAACGACAGACACAAUCAAACACUGAUAAAUGAGAGUAGCAAAUCUACUGAACAGCAGCCAGAUGAGGGAAAUGACAUCACAAUAAGCCAGACCUAUAAGAAACUGAUGGCAAAGGAAUCAGUUAAUAGAGGAAUAGAGGAAAGCCAGAAUGGAGAAGAUAACAAAGAUAAGCCAGCGGCAAUGCUUGAAAUUUGCUUAGAAGCCAAUUCUGACAAGAGAAGUGUUCAUGUUCCAACAGAGAUGUCUGAUAAAACUGAAAAACAAGUAGAUUUAAAGCCAAAAAGUUUAGAGAAUUCUGACGGUCCUAUAAAUAUUAUUGAAGUAUUGUCCAACCAGCAUGAAACAAGUAGUUUUAUAUGUCCUGGUAGCAAGCAUGCACAGCCAGAGAAGACAAUGAAAUGCAAGAAACCAGCCCUACAGUUCUAUAAUUUGAGGCAUACCCCUACUACAGCUCAUGUGGCCACUGCCACGAAAAAUACAUCAGAAAAAGCAAUUGGACAAGCAAACUCUGACAUCAUGACCACAUCAGCAGAUCCUGUUGUCACAGAUGAACCAAAUGCAAGAAAUGAAAACUCUCUUGGUUUUAACAGCAUGAAAGUACUUUCUGACAAGCCCAGAUUUGUGGAAUGGUGUGCUGAGGAAGACAACCAAGAACUCAUCACUAACUUUAGCACUCAGUAUAUGAAGAUCCAGAAAGGCUGGAUUCAGCUGGAGAAGGAGACUCAGCCUGCUCCAAAGGUCAAGAAUAAAUCUGACAAGUUGAAAGAGAUUUGGAAAAGCAAGAAGAGGACUCGAAAAUUUAAAGGAUCCACUGAAGUCCAGAAACUGUCCCCUGUUCAGAUGCUUUUCAUGAAGGGUUUUGAUAUUUCCAAUAUCUGCAAAUGGUUUAUGGAGACAACUGAAACCAAAUCUCUGGUCAUUGUGAAGAAGCUGAACACACGUAUCCCAGGAGACAUUCCUCUCAUGAAGCUUCCACUCCAGAAAGGUUGUUCUUCUGGCAUCUAUCCCAGUUCUGUCCAAGCAGAGCGUCUAAAGAAACACUUGAAGAAGUUUGCUGCUAUGACCCCAGCAAAAAAUACUAUAAAGAUCCCAAAGCUGUGGAACAGACCUCGAGAGAAUGGUGACCAGACUGAGUCAGAGCAGACUGUUGGUCCAAAGCAGACAUCUCCCUCUGAAGUCAGCUUGGCUCAAUGUAUUGGACCCAAGAGUAUCCCGCCUUCCCCUAGCAUGCCAGUGCAGACAACCUCACGGAUCCUGAGGAAAUAUUCCAACUUGAGAGGCAAACUUCAUGGAUUCCAUAGGGUGGUGAAACAGGAGAGGCAUGACUGUGUGUCCAAGCAGCACUUGGCCGAAAACACUUCAAGCAACAAGAGCAUGUGCAUUAAACCCUUGAUGUCCCCCAAGUUGGCCCAGCAAGUGAAAGACAUCCAACUUCCUACUAAAUCUACUCCGAUUGAAAAAGGAGGAAAGGGGAGGAAAGGGAAAGGAAAGUUACAGGAGGACACCUCCGGCAAAGGCAACCCUCAGCAAAGCAAAAAAAAGACACCGAAUGAGAAUGUCAGGACACUGGCCAUGCGGCAGUUGAGUCCUUCAAGCAAGGAAAGAAUCUCUCUCAAGAAAGCCAGUAAAGUGAAGCAAGCGGGAGCUCCAGCUACUAGAAAGCAGACAUCAGCGGGAAGAAAUAAUAAGCACACCUCUCAGAAUGAGAAGUCAAAGAAACUUAUUGACUCGCGACCUGGGAAAAAAAAGGCUCCCGCCCAUAUAGGGAAAGCCAGUACCAGUCAAAAGGCUAGCCUGCUUUCUAAGCAGCAAGGGCUUAUAAAGGCUCUGAAGGAGAAAAUGGUGCGAGAUCCCCCCAGUCAGCCUCUUAAAAAGGCAAGCAGUGAGAAAGCUCUCACCAGAUCGGUGAAACGAAUUCAGGAGAACAAAACCCGGAGCAAGAGGAAGCUGAGGGCAAAGAAAGAAUCUUCUCCCAGCAAGCGCAGGCGGCUGGACGCAAAGUAGCAACAUCUUGGGUAGGAAGUGUGUCAUAGAAACUCUUCCUCUUUCUUUCAAGUAGUUCCACUGCUGAACAGGGAAGAAGGGAGAGGCGCUUGGGUCUGGCUAAAGGCCAUCUCCCUCUUGCUUUUUAAGGAGCUUUCAAUUUGUGUUGCAUCCGGAGAGGAACACCAUUUUUCUAUAUCACGGAGAAAGAAAAGUUGAAAGUUCCUGGAGUUGAACUGGAAGCGUGGCGGUUUCAGUUCAAAGUACAGUGCCUUAUUUAUCAUGUUAGGAAACACAUGAAUUAGUCUGCUUGAUUUGAAGUGAGCAGUUUAUGGGUUAAUGCACAUGCACUUGUACUGUAAUGGAAAAAGAACCACCUGUCAUUGCCAUCCCACAAGAGUUUGGUGGCAUGUCUGCUAAGGAUCACACAGAGCGUUUCCUUCCUUUUGUGCAUUGUAGCAUACUGACACUGUUUAAUUUGUGCAGGGCAUUAUGAAGCCAAAACCCAAAGUUGUUUCCUCCUCUAAUUAUAAUCUUUACUAGCAGGUUAUAAUGAUGGAUUUUAUUAUUAAGUUAUUAAUAAUUACCGAUGUGAUGUAACUUUGGGCUUUAGGGUUUGGCUAUAAGCUAGCCAGGUUUUGUGUAAAAAAAAAACUUUUAUGUUUUCAGUGACAGUUCAGCCAUGCUUGGCCUACCCAAGAAACUAGUCCUGUUGGAUGAAUGGAAAAUGUUACCCUAAAUAGAGAUUCCUUGCCUCGUUUAACAUUGCUGUAAACCUUAAACACCUUAAAGGCUAUUGUUUAAAAUGCUGCCUCAAUUUCUGUUGGAGAAGUUCUGAACUGUAUUUACCCCCAAAUUCUUGGGGAUCCCUGUUUAAAAUACUCCUGAAUUUGUAGGCACAUUAUGAUGCUAAAAUUAAGUAUGGAUCUCAGAGAAAAAUAUCUGUAAAGAGAAAGUAUUGGAAGGUGCUCCUUGUGAGAGAUCUUUCAUUGUUGAAGAAUUUUUAAAUUUCUUUACAAUGAAGUUGCUGCAAGUUUCUUUUCCAUAGACAUCUUCAGGUAUCUGAAGGCUUUUUAAAAAGUAAAAUCAUGACAAUGCUGGUUGUGAAUGAAGUAGCAGCUGGAACUUUCUGGUACUUUCACAAAUGUAUGGGUUGCAACUUAACAUGAAGUAAAUUUCUUUCUGCCUUCCCCCAAGAAGCGUAUAAGUUCACCGAUUAUUCAUUAAUUUUAUAUGCAAGUUACCUGGCUUUACCUUCAAAGUUUAGUUUGUGUAUUAAGAAAAAUAAAGGUGUCAUCUUUCUUUAAAGAAGUCAUUCCUACGAGAAUACAAUGUACUUCAAUUGCAAUAGUCACUUUUCCAGUUCAGACAUUUGUUUUGGAUCGAAUAAGAAGGGAAGCAAUGUUUUCUCAAAAGAAAACAUCCUGUCUUGUGCUGCUCAUUUUGGGGGAGUAACAGUGGCUCCUUUUGCUCUGAGGCUGGAGAAGAAAGGUAAGGACCAGAGUUUUAUUUUAUUUUUCUAGCUCUCGCUAAGCCACAACAAAGGCCUAGAUAAUUGCUUAGAAACUUGUGCAGACCUCCUCAUGUUUGCCAUGUUUGACUCCUGAGAGCUUCCUGUGAAGGCCUUCAUAUAGUUUGACCUUUCAGAAUAGCUUGCCAUGGAUACCAGAUGAGAUCAACAAACUCAAACAUCUUUAUGCAUUAUUGUAUUAACUAGCCUGAACCAGUCUUUCCAGGUGGUGAGGGGGUUAUUGAAUAUAAGAUAAAGUUGGGGGAGAAUGAAAGUGUGAGGAAAUUGAUUUUUUUAAAGGAUAGAGAGCAUUUCUAUUCUUAUACCAAAGCUCAUUAUACUGCAGGCAGAAAAUUCAUAACUACCAUACCUAUUGUGAAGUUUCUCAUUGAUCAAGGAAAUUGGAAUUUGACAUCUAAAAAUGUAAAGCCCUGUUGCUCACCCGCUUACUCAAGUCUGUGACUUGAGAGGGUGCCCUAAAGCUACAAGACAUACCAGGGUGGACCCAUUUUUAUAUAAUAUUUUAAAAUCAUUUGAUUUUUAACUUCUGUUUUCAUUUAAAUCACGAUGUAUAAAAUUGUUGUAAGCAUCAGGUUAGGCUUAAUGUUCUCUGUAAAGAUUCAUAUGAAUUUGUCGGUUGCUAUUUUAAUUGUAAAUAUCAAAUGUGCUAGACAUUCCAUCAGGAGUAUUAAAAAUAUUUAAGGAAAUGUGUGAGCACAUGCAUGUGUGUGGUGAUGGCAAGGGGUUGCAAAAAUAUUUUUUUCUCCAACUUUACAUGAUUACAUUCAGAUAUGCAUACAACUUCCUGCUCCUUCUGCCCAGGGCUGCUUCCUAACAAACUGCUGGGUAGUUGGGGCUUCUUGUGGUACAUCACUAAGCUAAGUGAUUCUGAUUUAGAUCUCUGCUAAUAAAAUCUUUCUACAACUCGUGCGUUCCAAUUUCUUGUGUGAUCUAGAGUCUAAAUGUUCCUUGUGUAAGCAUUAUGCAACAUGCUUCAGCUUCAAUUCCACCCUGUUUUGCUCUAAUAUGUCCAUGCAAAGUUGCAUAAUUCUGAGAAAUCAAUCGGUUGCCAGGCCCAGAGUUGCUGAUAGUUUUAGUCCAGUUUCUUACUAUUUUUUGGAGAAGGCCACGCCAUCCUACACUUAAGCACUCUUGGCUGCCAGCUGGACAUACCUUUUCUAUGUAUACAAUCAAAAUAUUAGGAAGCAAGAGAUUAACCAAGCAGUUCAAAACAGUUUAGGUAGUUUAAAUAUAUAUAUGCAAUUUGGUGUAGAGAGCUAACAAGUCUUGAGAUAAAAGAAAACAAAGUAUUAUCUAAUUGAAAGACUGCUCUGUGCUUUAAUCCCAGUGACACUCGGUUCAUACAUGGCAGAGAUGUUGAGCCUCUAAUAUUCAAAUACCUUUUUUAAAGAGUACCUUGGGAUGUCUUUCAAAACACUUCUUUUUUGACACUCAAGUCUCUUCAUUAAAAUGAACUUUGAAACUUGGUUUGUACUAUUGCUGGGUUAGGCUUUUCUUUUAGAAACUACAGGACUUAAUUAUGUGCCUUGCAUUUUAUUGUGAGCAUUUUACCUUUCCCUCAUCUAAUAGAUAUUUGGUAUGUAAGGUGCAGUUUCAUGUUCUGAUUACCCUAAGAAAAAUCCCCUAAACCUGUCCUGUUGUUUGGCUUUUAUCAUAUUUGUAUCUUAUCCCUCUUACUGUCCCUAAUUCUUCCAAAUGGCAUGCUUUCAUUCUCUCUUAGUAAUCCUACUCUUAGCCAAAUGCUUGAUGCUUUGCGGUUGGGCUUGCUGUUGCAUUCAGUAGUUCCUAGCAAUGGCUAUAUGGAACACCUUAAACUCAUGUCGUUUAUAAAGUGAAGAAUUGCACCUUCACACCUCUCUGCAUAACAGUAACCUCUAUAACGAUUGGAGCACUCACUUUUCUCUGUUAAUGGCUUUUUUUUCAUCCUGUCAAACACAUAUUCUCAACAUGAAUAUGCUUUUACUUUGAAAUAAUAAUAAUGAUGUUGAUGAACUGGAGAAAAUAAUAAAAUAUAAAGACCUGCAAAAAGAAGUAGAACAAUUCUAGCAAAAGAAAUCAUUGAUAGUACUAAUAGUAAUAAGCUCCUUGGGUACAAAUCCAAAACAAUCAGAGAGCCAUUUGAGGACCGUUGAUAUUCAUAAAAUCACCAAGUAUGAAUUGCAAAAGUUAGUUGUACAGGUAGUCCUUGACUUACAACCACAGUGGGCUGGAUCUUUGGCUGUAAGCCAUUGUCAUAAAGUGAGGCACUGUGUGACCAGAAUUGAUUUUACAACCAUUUCUGCCAGGUCAUUAAGUGAGUCACAAAGGUUGUUAUGUGGCUAUUCAGCAAACUACAUAGCCAUAAGUGUGAACUCAUUUUAUCUGAUAAGUGUUUUUUGCCUGAAGAUGGCAAAAGAAUUGCAAAACAUGAUCAUGUGAACAUGGGAAACGGCAACUGGUUAUAAAUGUCAAGGCAUAUGCCAAGUCCCUGAAAUGUGAUCACAUGACUGCAAGGGGUUUUGCAUCAAUUGUAAUUAUUGGGACACAUAAGUAGCCCUUUUUUAAAAAAUUGUCAUAACUUCAAACUGUUAAGUGACCACUCAUAAGUUAAGGGACAGCUUACAUCCUGUAACAGUUCCUCUUAAUAAUAUUAAACAAUAUUUGCCCAUCUCAGUCUUUGGGAAGAACUGAAUAGGUGAACAAAAGGGUGGUGGUGGUUGUUUUUUGCAUUUACCCAAGGGACUGCAGAAUAUUUAUCUUAGUAUAAUCUCAGGAGUUUCACAUUUCCAUUGAAAGUAAAGCUUGUUUUUUAAGCAGGCUUCCUAAAUAAUUAAAAUGGAUGGAGUCUGAAUGAUUUUUCUAACGUAUGUAAUAAUUUGCAUAAAUAAGUCUUUACAUUGCUAUCAAAAGUUUCAUAAUGUGUGUAUGCAUUACAUUCCAAUGCAAUGUGAAUAUAUACGUAUGUAUGUGUAGUACAGACACAUGGACAUGAUGCUGUGUUUUCAUAGCAUCUUGGCUAGAGAUUAAAAUGCUUUCCUAGGUGCAGGAUAAAUUCUGCCUUUUCUCCCUAGGUAGUCACAAAAUGGAAGAAUAAUAAUGUAAAUAUAAAUAGUUUUAAAAUAUUUAUUUCCUGUAUUUUGUGCUGGCAAGUCUCAGGAGUUCUGUUGGUUUGCAAUAUUAUAGAAAGGUGGUAGUGGUUUUUUUUUAAAGCAUAUUUCCUACUGCAAAUAGCAUUAAACAGAAGAACUGUCAUCUGGUCUGGAAUUUAUGCUACAAAAUCAAAAUCCUAGAUCUUACUGAGAUGUAAGCCUGUGCAUGGGCUAAAUAUUUCACACUCAUCAUUAAAUAUUCCUUUAUGUUAAAACCAACACCUUUAAUACAGAAAUCUUGAUAUCAAGCAUUAUAAAACCAUUAUAGACUACAUUCUGCAUUAGAACAAGUGCUGUGUUAUAGUAGACAGGAAUUAAAAUUCUUAAAACCUUCAGGCUGAAGUGAGAAUAGCACAGACACAGACUGGCCAUCUCUGUAAAAGCUACAUCAAAUGCAUUCAAAGCAAGACAUGGUUGCUUUUUUCCUCUUUUUUUGCUUCUGUGGAAGUGACUUGAAAAUUCAACUGUUGAGCACAGUUCUUUGAAAACUGUUUGGUCACGUGCACUUUUAGGCACAGCACUUGAAAGCAAUAAGAAUUCUAGUAAUAAAGUUUCUUGUGGGAAAAAAAGGGCAUAUGGGUGGCCGUGUGCCUGUGUAUGCAUGUCUCAGUAAAGCCUGAUUCUCUUCAGUGGUCUUGCCACCUAAAGAAAGAAACAUCUUAUGUUUCAUUCUUACUCCAUGUUUGGGCAUCAUCACAGGGAAUAACUGGCAAUCCAGAAGAAAUGUAUUGAUUGGGGAUAUGGACUCAGGGAUAGUGAAUAAAAGGAGAUUUUUACUAGAAGCCGGGGCGUUGGGGGGGGGGGGGCAACAGGGUGGCAGUGGCACAUAAGGGGAAUGUUGGGUGCUUUCUAUUAUUUUGCAGCUGAUUCUUGUCAAUUCUUAUUCUUACUCCAAAUCUUCAGCUGCUGCUUUGAGCUAGGUCCCAUUUUUCUGGGGUCUCUAGAAAUUGUUUUUAUUUUAUUUCUUUGGAUCAUACUUUUAUCUUCCCUAGUUCCUCUCUCUUAACACUCCUUAGGUCAAACUAUGCUAUUAGGAUAGCAUUCUCUUUUAUUUGAUAAUUAUUUUGAUGGGAUUGUGUGGAUAUUCCUAAAUGUGUGGUUUUCAUGUGCUUUUGGCUGUUGAAAAUGCUUGCUCCAUUCUUCUUUCUGGAAAUUUAUUAGUUGUCUGUCUUAAAGCAUAAUCCUAUAUGUUGCCUGCCUUAAGGCAUAAUCCUAUAGGUAGCUCCUUUUUGCUAAUUCUUGCAUCUACUUUCUGCUGUCCAAAAAUUUAACUCCUGUCUGUAUUUGUUGUUAAUGUCUUCACUUCUCUUACAAAGUUGCUACAGGAGGUUUAGUAUAGGGAGCAGGCUUCUAACCUUCUGCAAUCAUUUUAGUUUCCAAUAGCAUACCUGAAAACUUGGGGGGAAAGUUCAAUGAGCCCUCAUCAAUGUCUUGCACUCAACAAGUGAACAAUUGUAUUUGGCAAUUUUAUAUUCUAUGCAUUAAUUUAUAUUCCUUUCAUUUCUUUAUCCAAAGCAGUCCUUUCUAUCCCAUGUCAAGAAUCAUGUAUGGGGAUUUCUCCUCCCCAUGUUUGACCAGCCUGAUAUUGUCAUCCAGACCCUACAUACGAUAAGUAGCAUUUUUGGAAGGGUUUGGUUGUAUAUCCUUUUCUUCUCUUCAGGGCACUGGAAAAUGCUGUGAUGUUAGGAGAAGAAUGUGUGUGUUGUGUAUUGUUGGUUAAAAUGUGUCAUUAGAUAAUGGUUAUAUACCUCAUCUGAAGAACAUUUUAAAUGUAUAUAAAAGGUAAUACUCAGUUGCUUUCCAGUAAUUCAUAAACCUGUAAUGGCUAGGGCUAUUUUACCAUUGAAAUUGUAUCAAUUGUGACAGCUUCAUACUUGUGUGUGUCUGUUAUUUCCUUGACUAACCAAUGGAAAGUGAUUUAAUCCUUUUAUCCUUUUUCUGUGCUUGCUUUCUUUUAUGCAUUGUGACGGACUCUAUGUACUCUAUAGGUCCUUAUUUUAUUGCAGCUUAUUAAACUUUUUAAAAUGUCA